AUGACCACAGAAAGAUAUACCCUGCCCCCGGGAUCCCGAAUCCUCGUCACUGGCGCCAACGGCUACAUCGCAUCCCAUGUGGUUAAUGAAUUACUGAGCCUUGGAUACGUGGUGCGGGGAACCGUCCGCUCGCCGAAACCAUGGUUAAACGAAUACUUCGAACAAAGAUAUGGACGGAACGUGUUUGAAACAGCCAUUAUGACGUCCUUUGAAGACAGGGAUGCUAUUGGACAUGUACUAGAUGGCGUGGAUGGUGUCGCUCACUUGGCAUCCGACUUGACGUUCGGCACCGACCCCAAAGCUGUGAUUCCUUGGGUGGUUCAGGCUUCGCUCAACAUUUUGGAAGCCGCUGCCAAAAGGCCGUCUAUCAAGCGCGUGGUGUUGGCUUCUUCAUCGAGUGCGACGUAUAUGCUUUCUCCUGAUCCCAACGGACGGCAGAUUCAUAAAGAUACAUGGAAUGAAACCGCUGUGAAAGCUGCAUGGGAUGAAAGAACCGCCGAGGAAGAUAAAGGCGUUGCGGUCUAUGCUGCAUCCAAAGCUGAAGGAGAACGGCAAUCGUGGAAAUGGGUCGAGCAGCAUCAGCCUCGGUUUGUAUUCAACACUGUUUUGCCAUGUUUUAAUGUUGGAAGAAUCCUUCACCCAGAAAUCCCCGGCUCGACAAUGGGUUGGGUUCGCAAGCUACUACAAGGUGAUAAUACAGCGUUCUCAAGGUUCCCUGAGCAAUACUACGUUGACGUCGAGGACGUCGCCCGACUCUGCGUGAUUGGCCUCUUGGACGAAACGGUAAAAUCAGAGCGCAUCUUCGCCUUCGCAGAACAGGCGAACUGGACGGACACUGUCACCAUGCUUCGCGAACUUCGGCCGAAUAACGAGCACAUUCCGGACCCUCCUGAAAAUGAAUUGAGAGAUCGAACCGAGGUUCUUCCGCGAGGAAGAGCAGAGGCUUUGCUUCGUGGGUUCUAUGGACUGUCUGGGUUUACCUCCGUGAAGGAUAGUUUGGAAAAGGGGAUUGAGGGGUGGGAAUGA